ACUGCCCUCCCAGAUCCUCCCUUCAGGCUUUUCAGUGGUAGAGGACAUGUACCCUACUUGGCCUGACCCCACUGCGGGGGCUCUCUGUCCCCAGUAGCAGUGAGAUGGCAAGUGUACCAAGCUCCUCUCUGCCCAGCUGCCUCCCCUCCCUCCUCCUGCUGCUCCUCCAGCUGUCCAUCAGCAAUGCAGGACAGUUCAGAGUGAUAGGACCAGGGCAUCCCAUCCGGGCUCUGGUGGGGAAUGAAGUGGAAUUGCCAUGUCGCAUAUCUCCUGGAAGGAAUGCUACAGGAAUGGAAGUGGGCUGGUACCGUCCCCCCUUCUCCAGGGUGGUUCAUCUCUACAGAAAUGGCAAAGACCAAGAUGGAGAACAGGCGCCAGAAUAUCGGGGCCGGACAGAGCUGCUGAAAGACACUAUUAGUGAGGGAAAAGUGGCCCUCAGGAUCCGGAAUGUAAGGUUCUCAGAUGAGGGUGGUUACACCUGCUUCUUCCGAGACCAUUCAUACCAAGAGGAGGCAGCGAUAGAAUUGAAAGUGGAAGACCCUUUCUACUGGAUCAGCCCAGGAAUGCUGGUCCUCAUUGCCGUCCUGCCUUUGUUGCUUCUGCAGAUCACCGUGGGCCUUGUCUACCUCUGCCUGCAACACAGACUCAGAGGAAAACUUCGAGCAGAGAUAGAGAACCUCCACCGGACUUUUGAUCCCCACUUUCUGAGAGUUCCCCCCUGGAAGAUCACCCUGUUUGUAAUCGUGCCGGUUCUUGGACCCCUGGUUGCCUUGAUCAUCUGCUACAACUGGCUACAUCGAAGACUAGCAGGGCAAUUCCUUGAAGAGCUAAGAAACCCCUUCUGA